UGGGGCCUAGGGCGGGCUAGGACAGGCAGUGAGGGACUGUUGAAGUGCACGAUGAAGUCAAAGAAGCUGCCGCCAGCCAUCUUCAAGCGGUCGCGUCGUCUGAAGCGACCACCGUCCGUGGAGCGGGACGGCAUCCGCUCCCUCCUGAACAGGUUGCAGCUGAUUGUGCCGGAGGCGCCCAAGGACCGUCAACUGCCUCAGGUGCAGGUCAUCCAGCACGUCAUCAACUACAUCUGCCACCUGCAGGACCAGGUCGUGCAGCACCCGCGCUUCAGCAAAAUGAAGAUUCCGAAGGAGAUCGCAGAGGCACUUGCUAACCAAGUGCAGCAAGAGCGUGACCCGGCCCGGACGCAGACCUCCGAAGAGCCGCAGCCAGACACGCGGCCGCCGUCCUAGAAGGUGCCGCGGCUGGACCAGAAAACCAAGUACAAAUCCGCCGUGCGCCGGGUCGCAGCGGCUGCGGCCCGCUGACCCAGGUGUGCACGCGGCGAGGAGCGGGCGUCCACGCCGGGCGGGGAGGGAAGCCUGAGGGCUGCGGGCUCUCGGCGGGCCUACGGUGCCGCCAGCGGUCAGCAGCCCGUGGUCUGCCGACCCUGACGCGUGGUCUGUCCCAACACGCCGUCUCUUGAUCCUGGCGUACGUCUGUGCAGGCCCUGUCAAGUGGUCUGCAACCACCGUCGCCUUAUUGCCUGGUCUGCGGACCCUGCCACACAGUCUGCAGCGUGGCCGGCAGGCCGUCCGGUGGUCUGCAGACCCUCGCAAGUGGCAUGCAGCGUCGGUCGCCCGGCCUGCAGGUGGACACGUGGGGAGGCCUGGUCCGUUUCCGGGCCAGGCGCGUGUUCUCUCAACGACACCCCCGUAGCAGUUGUGCAUUCCCUGCUGUACAAAUGGAGCGUAUCCCUGGUUACGUUAAUCCGAUAUAAAUAUCGUCCCUGUGAUCCCUUUUGUCUGUGAUAUGUCCUGUUCGAGAUUAUUAUCGAAUAAACAAUGACGUUUAAUUGCA